AUGACAACCUUUGAAAAGAGCAAUUUGUCCCGGGUUUCGUGGCCGACGUGGACGGAGAGUUACUUCAGAAGAGAAACCGGCCCUCCCAAAUGUGAAGUGCAAGAAAAUCUUUCAGAGAAGAAAACCAUGAAUUCCAAAAUAUUCAGACGUCUGACUGUUGUGCUGGAGUUCAACUCUACAAUGCCCUUCAAGGAAAAAGCCAGGUGGCGAAAGAAAAUCACGGACAAUGGUGGCACUGUGUCUUAUAUCAUCACAAAGAAGAUAUCCUGCUUGAUUCUGUUUAAUGACAUGUUAGAGAAGACUACUUACAAAGUUCGUCAGGCAAGACGCAAUGGAGUGCCAGUGCUAAGGGCAGAGUUCAUUGAUGAUAGUCUGCAGCAGCAACAGAAACUCGCCAUGAGCCCUUACCUUGCUGGGGAGGCAAUGGAUGGCAAGAAUUUUCAGAAAGGAAAAAUCUUGAGUACAACUGUGCAUCAGGGAAUGGUAAAAAAGAAGAAAAAGAAGAUACAUCUGAACCUGAACAGUACAGAGUGCUGGCCCCUUGGGGACCCUGAUAGUCCCGAGUACAAUGAGCAAGAAUAUGUAGUAGCCAAAUGGGUGGUGCUUAAGUCCAAAGACACUGUCCAGAUCCUGGAGAUACAUGCAAGUCAAUGUGAUGUUCAUCUUCCCUUCAGGCUGUACUCCCAGACCGGAUCACUGACAGAUGAAUUGGUAUGGUUAGUCAACACUGAUGGGUCUCGGCCCACUGCCUGGUACAUGCACACUUCCAAUGAAGUCAUCAGUGGAUAUGAGCAGUUGUACCAACGAUAUACCUCCCAUCCCUACAACAUGUCAACAUGGGAUAACCCUGUGCUUGCCAACAGUGCCUUGGGAUCUACCAAACUCAGAAUGCUUUUGGGCGAGUUGUGUAUCCUGACAGCGGAAGUCAGUCCAGAUGUCGGACAGCUGGUGGAACUGGUGUGGGCAGAGGCAAGUCAUGAGGCAGAGAUGCAACUGGAUAUGAAACUCCAGCACAUCAAACAGGACAAGGUUGAUGAAGCAGAGGCUGUACUAUCACAACUUAAGACAGCUGUAACAGAAGCAGCAGACAACACUGUAAUCAGUGAUUUGCUGGAGGAAUUCUACACUGCCAUGCCACAUAAAGACGGAUUCAAAAAAGAUACAAUGUCACUUAAGGAUAUCUCUACUAAACAGGACCUGUGUCAGCUUGUAAAUGACAUCUUGGGCGUGAGUGAGGCCACAGACUGGUCCAGUGAGGCAACAACCUAUGCAAAAUAUAGAGCUCUUCGAUGUCAUGUGACCUGCCUCGACAAAGCAUCAAAGGAAUUUCAACACAUAUCAGAAAUGGUGACAGAGACAUCAGAAAGUGUUGAGGUGAGGAACAUCUACAGCGUUAGUCGCUUUCUGGAGGAGCUGGAAUUUCAGUCUGAUAUUGGAAAUGUGACAUCACUGAUGCAUGCUUCCUCUACACAUAACUUCCUUGGCAUCAUGUCCCGUGGUUUAUUGAAACCCAACUUCGUGGAAAGCUCCUACGGAGUGACCCGGACAGACAGAGGCUUGCUGGGACAUGGAAUCUAUUUUUCUGAUUCUGCAAGCAAAUGUAUCAAGUAUUCAGCUCCAAGUUCUGUGUACGGAUGUCGCCUCCUCCUGGUCUGUGAUGUGGCACUGGGACGACAGUGUCCCUAUACAACUACGGACUCCUCCCUCACAGCACCUCCCAAUGGUUACCAUAGCACCCAUGGGGUUAAAAGGUCAUCAGAGAUCAACAGUCAUUUUGAGGACAAUGAAUAUGUGGUGUACAGCCCACGGCAGCAGAGGAUACGAUAUGUAGUGGAGUUUUGUCUCCCUGAGGAUCCUGUGCUGUCUUUUCCCUCCCUUACGCUACAAUGUGACAAAGAUACAGAAGAUGACCAUCUCUCUCAAAACCUCGCUAAUGUUGACCUGUCAGAUGUGAAAGGCAUUCCAGAUCCACUCCAAAAAGUCACAGGUGGCUUGAUAGGUGGUAAAAAGUCUGUACCUCUGAAGAGUGUCCAUGUCAGGGCCAGAAUGCUGGACAUGGUCGCCAAGGUGGUCGUGCUCCAGAAAUAUAGAAACGACAAUGAUUCAGCAAUAGAAGCCAAGUACAUCUUCCCCCUGGACGACACAGCAGUCGUUUGUGGCUUUGAAGCAUUCAUCAAUGGAAAACACAUUGUUGGUGAGGUUAAAGAGAAGAAGGCCGCCCACAAGGAGUACAAAGAAGCUAUCAGUAAAGGACAUGGUGCUUACCUCAUGGACGAGGAAGAGCCAGAUGUUUUUACAGUCAGUGUUGGUAACCUGCCACCAAAAUCUGAUGUACUGAUCAAGAUUACCUACAUCACAGAACUGCAGGUAGAGGGGGAAAGUAUUGCUUUCAGAGUGCCUUCCUCAGUUGCUCCCUGGGUCAAGGACACAGCACUGGCACAGGCAACUCAGUUUGACCUUGACAUGCUGAGGAUCCAGGAUGGUGACAGAUCAUCCCUAUCACUGCAGGUUUCUGUGGAGAUGCCUUUUGAUAUUCGCAGUGUGAUGUCCCCUACACAUCAAGUUAAAUAUAAGAAAACAGCAACAAAGGCUGUGGUGGAGCUUCCAAAGAAUGCCAGACUGGAUGAUGGAUUUAUUUUGCUGGUCAGUCUGUCUGAAAUUCAUGUUCCCCGCAUGUGGGUGGAGAGACACCCUAGCAGGGCCACUCAGGCAUGCAUGUUGGCAUUCUACCCGGAAUUUGAGGCAGAAUUUGAAGAGGACCCUGAGGUCAUUUUUUUGUUGGACAUGUCAAAUUCUAUGAAGGGACAGUCAACUCGAGAUGCUAAAAAGUUAUUCCUCCUAGCUGUAGAGAAACUUCCAGAGAAAGCUCUUAUCAAUGUGCUUAGUUUUGGAACAUCUUACACAGAGCUCUUCCCUGCACCUCAGAAAAAGACCAAACAGGCUGUACAAAAAGCCACAGAAUUUAUACAGAGUGUACAACCACAAAUGGGAGGGAGCAAUGUCAAUUAUCCAGUGGAGUCCUUGUUUCUUCUAAGUCCAGCAGAGGGCAGUAGGAGUAUCUUCCUCAUCUCAGAUGGUUACCUUAGCAACAGUGAUGUGCUGUUGUCAACUGUUAGAAAAGGAAAUGCCAAAAAUAGAAUUUUCACUAUUGGUGUUGGAACAAAUGUGAACCACCACUUGAUGCGGCGCCUGGCAUCACGCGGAGGUGGUACCUAUUACCACUACAACUACAAGACACGCUCUGUUUGGGAGGCGAGGAUGACCUCACAAGUUCAGAGGGCAUGUUGUCCAGGUAUUUCUUGUGUAAAGGUUGAGUGGCAACAACACAUGGACACACCUGAUCAACCCCUACAGGCCCCUAAUCACAUCCCAAGUCUGUUCUCGGGGUCACGACAGGUCGUAUACGGAUUUGUACCGAACUGUACUCAGGCCUACUUGAAAGCCACAGUUGACAAUAUGGAGAUUUCUACCAUGGUAGCAACAACUGAACUUAACAUCACACAAGGGGAGAUGCUGCAUCAGCUGACGGCUCGUGCACUGAUCCGUGACUAUGAGGAUGGUAUCCUAAGUGAAGACAAGAUAAAACAGAGGGUGCUGAAACAGGAGAGAAAGAACACUAUUAUUCAGCUGAGCACUGAGUUCUCCAUUGUGACCCCCUACACCAGCUUCGUGGCCAUUGAAGAAAGAAACCAGAAUGAGCAGAAAAAGGAUGGACCUUCCAUUAAUGAACUUGUGGCUGAGGAGUCAGUAGACAUUCUGGAAUAUGUUGGUUGGCAGAAUCCUGAUGUAUUUGAUGAAAAAGAACCAAAAGAAAUUGUGGAGGAGCUGUUGAGGAAAGGCCUGAUAGCAGAAAGUUUCUCCCAGAUGGAAGCCAAAAGAGUCUACACCUCCAUUCUGGAUUACAAGCCAUGUCUUCAAUCUGAUGCCAACUAUGACCUCCGAGAAAAGGUCAUGGAAGCAGUUGAAAAAUUCUUCACAUGUUCCAAAGAUGACAUCAGUCAGUCAGUGUUGGUGGAGUUCCGUAAAAGUUUUCCUAUCUCGUCAACAGUUCAUGUAAAAACUCUGACUGGUAGGACUGUUGCUCUGAAUGUGUCUAAUAAAGAUACAGUGGCUGACUUGAAGGACAAAAUCUACAAGGAAGAGGGAGUCUGUCCAGAUCAGCAGAGGUUGAUAAGUAAUGGUAUAGCUCUGGAAAACACCCUCAACAUCUCUGAUCUAGAUCUGCAAAAUAAUGCUGUUUAUCUGGUACUGGCUCUGAGAGGUGGAUUAUCUUCAGAGAAAAAAGACAUUCAGCAGCAGCAGCAAAAACAACAUCUGAAAUCAGCAGGACGUGUUCCAAGGGAGCAGUUGACAACAAAAUCUGCCAGAUCUAUUUCUUUACCCUCUGAAGAAUCUUCUGAAGAUGAUGACAGUGAGGAGGUCAGUGAGGAGGUCAGUGAUGAGGAGGAAGAAAAUGAAAAGUCACUAAAAUGUAAGACGAAAUCUUCUGCCAACGGUCGAAGGGCAAGAGGGGGAAAGGGAGCUCCAAGGAAGCGGUUGGCAACAAAAGCUGCCAGAAAAUCUGCACCUGCAGUUGAUAGAUCUAUUUCUUUACCCUCUGAAGAAUCUUCUGAAGAUGAUGACAGUGAGGAGGUCAGUGAUGAGGAGGAAGAAAAUGAAAAGUCACUAAAAUGUAAGACGAAAUCUUCUGCCUACGGUCGAAGGGCAACAGGGGGAAAGGGAGCUCCAAGGAAGCGGUUGGCAACAAAAGCUGCCAGAAAAUUUGCACCUGCAGUUGAUAGAUCUAUUUCUUUACCCUCUGAAGAAUCUUCUGAAGAUGAUGACAGUGAGGAGGUCAGUGAUGAGGAGGAAGAAAAUGAAAAGUCACUAAAAUGUAAGACGAAAUCUUUUGCCAACGGUCGAAGGGCAACAGGGGGAAAGGGAGCUCCAAGGAAGCAGUUGGCAACAAAAGCUGCCAGAAAAUUUGCACCUGCAGUUGAUAGAUCUAUUUCUUUACCCUCUGAAGAAUCUUCUGAAGAUGAUGACAGUGAGGAGGUCAGUGAUGAGGAGGAAGAAAAUGAAAAGUCACUAAAAUGUAAGACGAAAUCUUCUGCCUACGGUCGAAGGGCAACAGGGGGAAAGGGAGCUCCAAGGAAGCGGUUGGCAACAAAAGCUGCCAGAAAAUUUGCACCUGCAGUUGAUAGAUCUAUUUCUUUACCCUCUGAAGAAUCUUCUGAAGAUGAUGACAGUGAGGAGGUCAGUGAUGAGGAGGAAGAAAAUGAAAAGUCACUAAAAUGUAAGACGAAAUCUUUUGCCAACGGUCGAAGGGCAACAGGGGGAAAGGGAGCUCCAAGGAAGCAGUUGGCAACAAAAGCUGCCAGAAAAUCUGCACCUGCAGUUGAUAGAUCUAUUUCUUUACCCUCUGAAGAAUCUUCUGAAGAUGAUGACAGUGAGGAGGUCAGUGAAGGAAGGAAGGAGUUGCCAACAAAAGCUGCCAGAAAAUCUGCACCUGCAGUUGAUUAUGAUAAUCAUGAUAAUGAGGUGAACAGUAAUAUCUUAGAUGGAGAUAAAGCAAAAGAUGAUUCAAUGGAAAACUUUGCAUAUAUUAUGACCGAAACAAAAUAUGUUCAACAUGAUAGAGGAAAGAUAACACAGCCCCCUUCACCACAACGUUCAGAUCAAUUUAAUGCAAGCUGUGAAGAAUUUCAAAUUUCAAGAUAUCUAGAUGAAGAUAUGGAAAUUGAGUUAGGUACUGAAGAGCCAGGUUUCCUCGAGUUAGCUUCUGAAAUAUCUGACAUGUUUGCAUCAUCUCAGGAUAAUUCACAGGCCAUCCCGUCCUAUUCACCAGCCACACCAGCCACCCCAGCCUAUACACCAACCUCUCCAGCCUAUACACCAGCCACACCAGCCACCCCAGCCUAUACACCAACCUCUCCAGCCUAUUCACCAACAACCCCAGCCUAUUCACCAGCCACACCAGCCACUACAUCCUAUUCACCAACCACCACAUCCUAUUCACCAACCUCUCCAGCCUAUUCACCAGCCUCUGCAGGAUUUUCGCCAAAAGCUUCAAAUUUUUUCAAACCCGCCUCACAAAGUUCUCAACUAGAAGUGUUGUCUAGUACAUCUGCCCCUUUAUCUCUGUUCAAUAAAGACCUGUCUCAACAAAAACGCCUAAUGCAGCCAUCAUUGAACAAUCUACCUGUUUCAACAGAGAAAUUGCCACAUAACAUACCAUCACAAGCUUUCAACUUUGGGGCUAUGAAUCAAAUGGCUUCCAACAACAUUCAAAGAGAAUGGUUUCUCUUUGGAGGUCCUCCGCAAGCAGCUCAAAUUCAAGAAUCAAGUCAACAUUCUGACAUUGGGACUGUGAAACAAAUGUCUCCAAGCAGCAGUACCAGACAAGGGUUUUCUUUUGGAGCAGCACUGUCAACAGCACAAAGAGAUGUACCAAGGCAAGGUUUUGGAUUUGGGACUGUGAAACAAGUACCUCAAAGAAGCAGUACUAGUCAAGGUUUUUCUUUUGCAGCCCAAACCCUACCAAUGGAUAAACAAAAUGAACCUGAGGAUGAUGGUACAACUAGAAGCAUCAUUGAUGGUUUCAAGAGAGAUGGAGGUGGUAUUGGUGAUGGUUUUAGGAGAGGCAGAGGUGGUCAAAGUGAUGGUUUUAGGGGAGGCAGAUGUGGUCACAAUGAUGGUUUUAGGGGAGGCAGAGGUGGUCAUGGUGAUGGUUUUAGGGGAGGCAGAGGUGGUCAAAGUGAUGGUUUCAGGGGAGGCAGAAGUGGUCAUGGUGAUGGUUUUAGGGGAGGCAGAGGUGGUCAUGGUGAUGGUUUUAGGGGAGGCAGAGGUGGUCAAAGUGAUGGUUUUAGGGGAGGCAGAGGUGGUCAAAGUGAUGGUUUUAGGGGAGGCAGAGGUGGUCAAAGUGAUGGUUUUAGGGGAGGCAGAGGUGGUCAUGGUGAUGGUUUUAGGGGAGGCAGAGGUGGUCAUGGUGAUGGUUUCAGGGGAGGCAGAGGUGGUCAUGGUGAUGGUUUUAAGGAUGCAAGAGAUAAUGUUGGUUUUAGAGAUGUCCCUAUUGUUAGUGAAUUUAAAGUUGAUCCUUUUUCAAAUAAGUGUCAGACAGCAGCAUCUACAUACUUGCAAAAUAUAAACAUGGAUUAUGCAAUAUAUGACCCAAAGACAAAUAUAAGGACAGAAAGUCACACCAGACCAUCAAGUUUAACACAAAAGGCCCUGCCUUUACAGCCACAAAGAAAGUAUUCUGAAUUAAGCAUUAUGAAUGACAAGGGUCGUGUUGAAAAAAGUGAAGAAAUGUUAAGGUCAUUGAAGUCUAUUGAUGGAACGAUGCAUAUAGCCGAAGGUAGUGGUGGUGGUGGCGGUAGAAGUCGAAGCAGAAGUAGAGAUAGGCAGAGAAGUUUCAUCAGAAGACUAAGUCGAGGCAGGCGGAGAAGUUUCAGCAGAAGUUUGAGUCGAGACCGGCAGAGAAGUUUCAUCAGAAGUCUAAGUCGAGGCAGGCGGAGAAGUUUCAGCAGAAGUUUGAGUCGAGGCAGGCGGAGAAGUUUCAGCAGAAGUUUGAGUCGAGGCAGGCGGAGAAGUUUCAGCAGAAGUUUGAGUCGAGACUGGCAGAGAAGUUUCAUCAGAAGUCUAAGUCGAGGCAGGCGGAGAAGUUUCAGCAGAAGUUUGAGUCGAGGCAGGCGGAGAAGUUUCAGCAGAAGUUUGAGUCGAGGCAGGCAGAGGAAGUUCAGCAGACGUCUGAGUCGAGGUAGGCGGAGGAGUUUCAGCAGAAGUCUGAGUCGAGGCAGGCGAAGAAGUUUCAGCAGAAGUUUGAGUCGAGACCGGCAGAGAAGUUUCAUCAGAAGUCUAAGUCGAGGCAGGCGGAGAAGUUUCAGAAGAAGUUUGAGUCGAGGCAGGCGGAGAAGUUUCAGCAGAAGUUUGAGUCGAGACAGGCAGAGGAAGUUCAGCAGACAUCUGAGUCGAGGUAGGCGGAGGAGUUUCAGCAGAAGUCUGAGUCGAGGUAGGCGGAGGAGUUUCAGAAGAAGUCUGAAUCGCGGUUAUCGUAGGAAGUUCAGCAGAAGUUUGAGUCGAGGUAGGCAUAGGAGUUGCAGCAGAAGUUUGAGUCGAGGUAGGCCGAGGAGUUUCAGCAGAAGUCUGAGUCGAGGUUAUCGGAGGAAGUUCAGCAGGAGUUUGAGUCGAGGCAGGCAGGGGAGUUUCAGCAGAAGUUUGAGUCCAAGAAAUCAGAGAAAAAGAGAACAAAAGGAAGAUGGAAACACUGGCGAAGGUUUAAGUGGUUUUGGAAAAGACCAUGAAAUUAAGUCCAGAUAUGAUGAACACAGCAGAAAAAAUUAUCAUUGCAAUCUUUGGAAAAGUAAAAAUAAGGCUAGUACAAGAAGGAAAACUGAUCAAGGCCUUUCAGACAAAAUAAAAAAAUGGAGAAAGUAUGGUGAAGAAGAGAAGAAAGAGAUCAGAUCAUCAGGAACAGAUUUAAUGGAGAGGAUUCCAUUUCCACCAAAAACAUUGAUACGUGAUGACCAUGAGAAGACAGACUUGUCUGUGAAUAUGACAGCAACUUUAAAAGUUUGGAAUGGACCAGCAAAUACAGGAGAAACAGUGUCUUCGCCAGUUUCUGAGAUUUUUGAGGAUGCUGGAAUUUGGAAAGGCAUUGUACGCAAGAUUUCCAAAGCCCCUGACACUAAGGAUCUCCUUCAACACAUCCAUCAGGGACAUUACUGGGAACUGACCCCAGAGCUGUGUCAAACCCUCGGUGUUUCCUACAUCAAAAUCACCAACCUACUAAAGCUACAAGGUCUUUACUCCUUAGGAAGCCAAGCUUCGAUAUCUGGUGAGAACAUGAUAGCAACCUAUCUUGUGUUUCUGAAGAUAAUCCAGAUCAUCUACAUGAAGCGAAAGGGAAAAUCCUUGAAGUUGGACAAAGCAGGAUUUACAACUAUUGAAUUCAAGAUAAAUUGUAACAAUGUCUUGACUGUCAAGUUAUACUCUACACAAGGACACACAGAGACAUUGCAUCUUUCUGAGGAACUGUCAGAUGUUCACAAGUGGCAACUUCAAAACCACAGUGAACAUGAGCGGCUCUGCCGAGAAUUAGAACUGGGACAUACUUUACACACAGCCACUUGGAACCUUUUCUGUGCUCUAAAUGAAAAGUCAUUCUGACUUGUUAAUUAAAAAGGCCGGAAGACGAUAAAAGAUAUUUGUUAAUCAGUAAUACCUGGAAGUUUUAAUUUUGUAUUGAAAAAUGUCACAAAGUCAGUCAGAAAGGUCAGUUUUUACCCUUGAAAUGUUUUUUUAUGUUUAAUUCACAAGAGAAAGUUACAACGAACAUUUCAUGUUAUUCGAUGUUCUCGGCUCUCGUCUAUGUGGCCCAAUAACAAUGAUAGAUACAGAACUUGUUCCAAUACAAGAUAAAGUGUGUGUAUAUAAUUUAUUUAACCACAAUUGCAAACAAGCUAUAAGCUUAUAAUAAUCACUCUUUCCUGGAUAGAAGUGUAUAAGGGAUCUUGAUUUAGAAAGAAAUCCGACUACCUGGGAAAGCCCACUUGGUCAGGCAGAUGACCCCAAUAUUGUAACCUUUUCAGGUCAGCUCAAAUGGAACCUCAAACCAUGAUAAACAGCAUCAGCAAUUGAAAGAGUAUGUUGGUGUUCAGAUAAUGAUGGUAACACAAUGUAUUUCAACUGCAGCAGAUUAAUGUCAUGUUGAGUGAAACUAUGCAAGUCAUUACUAAGCAUUGUGUUAUCAAUGUUGUUAAAAAUUCUUUUGGCAGGAGUUCAUGGAUCUGUUGGUCAAGUUGGUGAAUUAAAACAAGACUUCCCAACAAUUUUAUCAUGAUGUCACAGAAUACUGCUGGGGAUGGAUUGUACUUUUGUAGAACAAAAUCCUGGUGAUCAAAGACUCGAAAGUGAACCUGUGAUAUUUUUAUGUCAUCUGACCCAAGUGGUCAGGAUGAUCUUUAAACAUCAUGUUUCGUCCAUCGUCAUGCAUAAACUUUUCUUCUCAAGUUCAUCAUGUUGGAUUCAGCUGAAACUUUCUUUAAAUGAUCCCGAGAAGGUUCUGACCCAAUUUUGUUAUUUUCCGGGUAUAUUCAUAGUCCAGUAUGGCUGCCAUCUUGGAAGCGAUGCUGCCAAAGUGUGGUUAUUUUUUUACCUUUUCAAAAGUUCAGUAUGACAGUCAUGUCAUCCAUUUUAUCACAUGAUUGCACAAGCAUGGUUUCACUGAACAAUACCUAUUUUAAACUUGUUCAGGUCAUUCCUAAAUCAAGUAUGCACGCCUUCUUGAAAAGUAUAUUCUAAUGUUCUUUUCAUGUGCCUUGGAGCUGAAGAUUGGUUUGGAUGUUUAGAAAAAGACGACUAAGAGUUGGGUUUAUUCAGACUCGUCAAAAGUUCAAUAUGGCUGCCAUGGCGGACAUAUUGUAACAUGAUUGUGGAAUUCUUGAUUCUCUUCACAAUACCAUUAUUAUACUUCUUGCUAAGUUCUACCAAUGGUAUCCAACUGAAUCCUGCUUGAAAUGAUUCCGAGAUGUCUCUGACCAAGCUUUGUUAUUUUUCAGAUCAGCCCAAAAUCCAAUAUGGCCACCAUCUUGAUAAACACAUUUUAAACUUCUUAAAAAGUUCCACAAGAGGGAUUUAGCUGAAACUUACUUGAAAUUAACUGUUUUAGUCUGUUAACAAUUGCUCACUACUAAUACGGCUGUUACCAGUGCUUACCAGUGUUUAGAGCUUUACAGUCAGAUGACUGAUAAGACCCAUAGACCUCUUGUUGUUAUUUCUUUGUCAGUAUGAUUUGUAUUAUAAUAUAUACCUAAUUAUGUGUUAACAGCUGAGUAGAUGAAUCACUACAUUCUUUACCAUUUAAUUUGUAAAUAUGAUAUUUGUGUGGUACCAUGAAAACCUCUGUAAUUUGAUGUAAUCCUGCCUAACCAGAGUAUCAAUUACUGGUGUAAGAUGGGGUGUGAGUUAUAUGCUGGUUUGCAUGAAGCUUUCUGUGGUAUUAAUAUUUAGACAAUUUAUGACAACUUUAUUUCUGGUUUGUGGAUAUUUUCUCAACUAGAAAAAAAGUUUACUGCAGACAUAGAAACCAAAUGCUCUACUCGUUGUACAUGUAUUUGAAUACUACCUGUUGACUGCAAUCAUGAACUAUUAGGUCACCUGAUCAUUAGACAAAGUCUCAUGGUGACCUAUUGCAAUCACCUUUGUCUAGCGUCGCACAUCUGUAAACAAUUUUAUAAUUAACAUUUUUGACUUCUUCUCAAAAACAUAUUUCAAUGAAAUUUUGCAGAAACCACCUCUGGCCUAAGAUGAACCAAAAUAGUGAAUUGCACAGUCCCCUACCCACAGGGACCUGAAGGGUAGGGCCAAAAGGGGUAAAAUUAACUUCAGUUUCAAAAAUCUUCUUCUCAACACUCAGAUAUGGUAGAAUCAAGUACUCUUCAUGGAUGGAAGCAUCCUAAAGUGCUUUGACAAAAUUGUGGAUUUAAUGAUCCAUAGGUCUCACGUUUCCCCCUUGGGAGGGGGUAAAGUUUACUGUAGUUAAUAAAUAGCAAAAAAUAGAUUUUUGAGCAUAAUUUGUUUUAUUUCUAUUGGAAAUAUUUCAAUCUUGGUUAGAAUUAUGAGCGAGGACUGACAGUUUGAUGUAUGCCCAUAUUCAAACUGAAUAACCCUCGGGCUGGGGCUGAUGGGCAGGGCCAAAAGAGGUAAAAUUGACUUAAAUUUCAAGCAUCUUCUCCACACCCAUAUAUUGUAGAAUCAAAUGCUCUGUAUGAAGGGAAGCAUCUUAAGGUGUUUUUAUUACCAAGUGGAUCUCAUUUCUUCCUUGGGAGGAAGUUAACUUUACUGUUAUUUUCAUAGAAAAAUUGCAUUUUUGAGUAUGACAUUGUUUAUUUCCCACUGGAAAGAACUUUGUGUGAAUGAUUAGUAUAGGAUGACAGUUUUGAUGGUAUGCAGGUAUUGACACUGGUUGAUUAUAUUCAUUGUCACAAUUUCUUUUUCAUGACAUUUGAAAGCAACUUCUCUUUUAACCUUUAUAUUAAAUAUCAUUAUCUCAGGUGACUGUCAAGGCUGCUAGGCCUCUUGUUAUAUCCCUUGGCAUGAAAUGGAUUUUGGUAAUAGUGUUCCUAAUUUGGUUUCAGCCUAUACAUCUUUGACUAAAGCAAAAAAAUUAAACUGGAAUUUGGUUUGUAGAUCAGCAUCCUCUAAACACCUCGUUAAGUUAUUAGGAUAUACCAGCUAUCAUUUUAAUUCCUCUAGGAAAUAGAAUAUAUCAUUUUAAGCAGGUAGCACUGGGGAAACAUGAAGAUGCAGGUCAAGAUUUUAUAUGGAUCCAGUCAACAAGUUCUUUCCCGAGCCCUUGAACUUAGCAAAUUUAAAGAUCUUGUGUCAGUUUCACUAAUUAUGCUAUAUUUUGAGAAAAGAGAUUGAUGCAUAAUGUUGUGAAAGGAUUUGUUGCUGGAGAGAGCUGUACAUUCCUAGUUAUAUUGUAUAUGUGUGUGUGUAACCCUGGUUAUUGUUAAUGCUCAUCGAUAUGUAGGUUCUAUCAGUAGCAUGAGAGAUCUAAGUAAGGCAGCGAUCUUAAAACUUACAGAUGUCAGUGAGUAGUCCAAACGUUGUUUUGGAAAUACAUAACUAAUCCAAUUGUGUCAUGGUGUAA